UUCGGAUUUACAGUUUCCUCUGCCCCCUAAUCCUUGCGGGGCGGAGGGGCGGAGUCAGUGGCCCCUUUGGCUUGAACUUCAGCCUGCACACCCCCACGCCUCCUCUUUCUCCACGCAGUGCAGCACCCGAGUGGGGAGAGUUGGGGGGAACUGAGUUCUGUUUUGGGUGCCCUUUGCUUCUCGGACUUGCCAACAACCUAGAAAGCCUGAAGCCUCUAGGAGGAGUGAAAGAAAGAGUGCUAGGGGCAGAACGGGACUUUGUGAACUUUCACACGAGGUUUCUAACCCGCCGCCCGCAAAGGUAUUAUUAACUCUCCUGUUUGGGUCCAGGGAGGUGAAGCUCCUACAGGACUGUCUGUGGACCCAGGGCUUGGAAUGGACCCUCUUAGAACUUCGCUUCCGCUCCUUGAGGCUGCCUCUGUGGCCGCCCGAGGCCCCAGAGCUGUGAGACUUGGCAAAGUAAUUAAGACUUCAACCCAACCGAGCGGAGCUGAGUAAAAGGUGGGCGGGCCCAUCCCUCAGGCCAAAUGUUUUGGAAAGGCAAAAGCAGGAGAGUUGGAGAAACUAGAAAAAGUUUGCCAACUAUGGACUAAGAGAUGGUAAAAGCACAUGAUGGAAGGAUCCUAAGCCCCUGGUUAACACGUGGAACAGAACUCUUCAUUCCCCUGCCUCACCAACCUGCAUUGAACUGUGAUGGAACCCCUUUCAGAAGGAGAGGUGUCACCAGUACCCAGGUGACCCAUGGUGUGGGGAUCCUUUCCCUCUGGAUAGAGCAUCAAAGCUGGGUGCUGACUCAUGUCUAGACAAUACAGCAAGGUCAUGGACCUUGAAGAAUGGAAACUUCUUCCUGAAGAUGGUGAACUGGCAAGACAGGAACCUUGAUUCCUGAUGACACUGAAGAUUCCAUAUCAGUUCUACCUCCUCUGAACUUCUUUUAGGCUAAUAAACCACACCAUGGAUAACUUAUUGGACUUUGCCUGAAAGGAAUCAUUAGUGUCAUUGGAUAUUUGACCAACCUGGCUACAGGUUUUUUCAGAAUGAAUGGAAGGUCAUGCAGCAUGAAUCUCCAGCGGACAUCAGGAACCCCACAGGGGCCUGGGAUGGUCAGUGGCCAGCACAUCCCUCCCAUUCAAGCCCAUUCGGGGACUCCUGGCCCCUCAUCCUGUGGCAGCACAACAAGCUCUGCCAUUGGAAGCCUUGCUAACAGCCUCCAUCUCAAGAUGCCCUCAGGAGGAGGGAUGGCUCCUCAGAGCAACGUGAACGAGAGCCCCAUCCAUCUGCCUGCCUUGAGCCCCCGGAGACAAGUGCUCACCAGUGGGAAGCCACGUUUCCAGGUCACCCAGGCUGGAGGCAUGUCAGGGCCACACACAUUAAAGCCAAAGCAGCAGGAGUUUGGAAGCCCCUUUCCUCCAAAUUCUGGGAAAGGGGCUCUUGGCUUUGGGCCUCAGUGCAAGUCCAUUGGAAAAGGCAGCUGCAACAAUCUAGUGGUCACCAGCAGUCCCAUGAUGGUUCAGCGACUGGGACCCAUUUCACCUCCAGCAAGCCAGGUCUCUACAGCAUGCAACCAGAUCAGUCCUAGCUUACAGAGGGCAAUGAAUGCAGCCAACCUGAAUAUACCUCCUUCAGAUACCAGGUCCCUUAUUUCACGAGAGUCUUUGGCCUCCUCAAAUUUGAGUCUGACAGAAAGUCAGUCGACCUUGAACGUGAAACAAGAGUGGUCGCACGGCUAUAGGGCUCUCCCUUCGCUCUCCUCGAACCACAACUCUCAGAAUGGCACUGAUCUAGGGGACCUAAUUAGCCUUCCUCCUGGGACAGCCAUGUCCAGCAACAGUGUCUCUAACUCAUUGCCACCCUACCUUUUCGGUAUGGAAAAUAGCCACUCUCCUUACCCCAGUCCCCGACACUCUUCAGCCAGGUCCCACUCGGCCCGCUCCAAGAAGAGAGCACUGUCCUUGUCCCCGUUGUCCGAUGGCAUCGGGAUAGACUUCAAUACCAUCAUCCGCACCUCGCCCACGUCCUUGGUCGCCUACAUCAACGGUUCGAGGGCUUCCCCCGCCAACAUGUCUCCACAGCCUGAGGUCUACGGGCAUUUCCUGGGAGUGCGAGGCAGCUGUAUUCCCCAGCCGUGCUCAAUGCCAAGCAGCCAGAAGGGUGUGCGAGUGGCCAGCGGCGGCCUGGCUCUCCCGGCCUAUGAUGAGGACGGUGCACUGGAGUAUGAGCGCAUGCAGCAGCUGGAGCACGGCGGCCUCCAACCCGGCCUGGUCAACAACAUGGUGGUGCAGCACGGCCUGCCGGACCCUGCCGGCCACACGGCCGGCCUGCUGAAGACGGAGCGCCUGGAUGACUUCCCUGGCGGCGUCCUGGACCUGCCCCCCGCACCCUCUCUGCCUCCUCUGCCACCACCGCCCCAGCCCCAAGGCCCCCCGCCACCCUACCAUGCCCACCCGCAUCUGCAGCACCCAGAGCUGGUCCACCAGGCCCAGCCGCUGGCCCUGCCUCAGGCCACCCUGGAGGAGGAUGGGGAGAUGGAUGACGUUGGGGGCAAGCACUGCUGUCGCUGGAUCGACUGCAGUGCCUUAUAUGACCAGCAGGAGGAACUUGUGCGGCACAUCGAGAAGGUUCAUAUAGACCAGCGCAAAGGGGAAGACUUCACUUGCUUCUGGGCCGGUUGUCCUCGAAGGUACAAGCCAUUUAAUGCCCGCUAUAAACUGUUGAUCCACAUGAGAGUUCACUCGGGGGAAAAGCCCAACAAGUGUUCGUUUGAAGGUUGCAAGAAGGCCUUUUCGAGGCUCGAAAAUCUCAAGAUUCAUUUGCGGAGCCACACAGGCGAGAAGCCGUAUUUGUGCCAGCAUCCGGGCUGUCAGAAGGCCUUCAGUAACUCCAGUGACCGCGCCAAGCACCAGAGGACACAUCUGGACACUAAACCUUAUGCUUGUCAAAUUCCGGGAUGCACCAAACGCUACACAGACCCAAGUUCCUUAAGAAAGCAUGUGAAGGCACAUUCUUCCAAAGAUCAGCAAGCGAGGAAAAAGCUGCGGUCCAGUGCAGAGCUCCAUUCCGACCUGCUCACAGACUGCCUCACGGUGCAGCCCCUGCAGCCCUCCACCUCCCCACGAGACGCUGUCGAUAGGGCGGUGGGAUGCUCCCCAGAGCCCGGGCCUGACCUCUAUCCAGCUUCCAUUUUCUCCAGCAAUCACUCAAGCCGAAGCGGAACAGCUGCUGGGGCCGUGCCACCCCCACAUCCUGUCAGUCACCCUUCUCCGGGACAUACUGUACAGGGGAGCCCCCACAACCCCUCCUCCCAGUUACCUCCACUGGCAGCUGUGGACGCCGGAGCUGAGAGGUUUGCACCUUCUGCUCCAUCUCCUCACCACAUUAGCCCCCGGAGAGUUCCAGCUCCUUCUUCAAUAAUGCAGAGAACACAGCCUCCCCAUACCCAGCAGCCCUCAGGAUCACACCUGAAGUCUUAUCAGCCAGAAACAAGCUCUUUUCAACCAAAUGGAAUCCAUGUCCAUGGAUUUUAUGGGCAACUACAGACAUUCUGCCCCCCGAAUUACCCUGACUCUCAAAGAACCAUGCCACCUAGCAGUUCCUGCAGUGUGAUGCCUUCCUUCGAGGACUGUGUGGUCCCCACAUCCAUGGGCCAAUCUGGCUUUGAUGUUUUCCACAGAGCCUUCUCAACUCACUCGGGCAUUACAGUGUAUGAUUUGCCUUCGGGUUCCUCAAGCCUCUCUGGGGAGACUCUUCGCAGUGGACCUGAAGAUGCCACAUUCUUACAGAUCAGUGCUGUGGACCGCUGUCCUAGCCAGCUCUCCUCUGUCUAUACUGAAGGCUAAAAUCCACCCCCAGCCUCCACUGCUGCUGGCAUCCAGAAUCUUUUUGUUCCUUGUCACUUUUUGUUCUUAUACUUUCGCAGACCCUAAGAAAAAGUAUGUCAAGCAAAUCAACUCAAUAUGCCACAUCACAGAUGUGUCUUUGGAGAGCAGGGCUGGAUGGUCAGAGCUGGGCUUUGUAGGUGUGUUUGCAGCUGCUCCUUUUUCCCUCUGGAUUUGCCAGUGACCAGCAGGACUGUCUUUUCAAAGGGAAUUCGGAGUCUCACUGCUAGAUAUCUGUUACUUCCCAACUGUCAACCUUCAAGGGACACCAGUGAGACGAUGUGCAUGUGAAAAUGUAAUUUGGAGAUCACCCUUGCUGAAAACUCCAAAUAAGGAUGGACAACCCAGAUUGCCAGCACAGUGAAUCGCCUCACCCAAGAGCCAGGCGCAACAAGGGAAAUCCACAUCCAAGCCCAGCAUGGGCUCGGCUCUUGGAGGAGCCCCAGUUUCCCAGCACCAGCCUGGCAUCCAGGGAGCUGGCUGCUUCUCUCCUCCUGGGUACUCCCAUGAUAACCAAUUGCUUUUCAGGGUUUUUCCAAAAGCAAAAUGAGAAGGUUCUGUCAAGCACAGCCCCCUGAAAAGCUUGACAACUUGUUUUGUAUUCCUGCAACCUACCCUAGUCCUUUGAUUUUAAAGGCUUGUUAUUUACAUGUACUUUUAAAGGAAAAAAAUAUUUAGAGGUCUGUUCUUUGGAUGGAAAUAAUUAUUUUAAUCACCCCAGCUACAUACGUCUGGCCUCUGCUGUGGCUUGGCUUGGCCCCGCCUUGUAGCUCCUGUGUGCACCAGGAAUGUUCUGCAAAGGCUGCCUGAGGGACAUGGGGUUGGCCACCCCCUUCCCAGUGCUACCACAGAGACCCUCGUGUGUUGACUGUUCAGUGACUCCACCUUGAGGACUUUAUUCAAAGGAAAAUUUCUCUUGACUGGUUCACCCAUGGCCUUCACUCUGGUGCUCUGCCCAGAGCCUGCUAGAAGCUGUGAGAGCAGGGACACAUGGAGGUGUGCUCCCGGGUUCUCUCAGAAAACCAAACUGGAAGAGCCCGAUGUCCAGCUCCUUUGCACAGCCUCUGCUGCCUCUGUUAGGGUCUCCCCUCACCAGUCUCUCUGUUGCUCCCUUGCCCUUCUCCUCCCUCUUCAUUGCUCUCAUCUUUUUAUUUUGACUGUAGUUCAGACAUACCCACCACCUGCCAUUGCCUGCCCACCAGCUCUGAGCAGGGUCUGGCCUAGGGCAGGUAGAGGAGAUAGUUCUGGAAGGGUGGCCAAAAAGAAGCAAUGCUUUGUCUGAAACUCUGUUUUGAGGGCCUAGAAUUUUCACAGAUAUCUUGGCCAUUUGAUCUCAAACCUGAAUAAGAAGUCAUUUUCUGUGACACCUUUUUGUUGCUGUUGUUUUGUCGCUAAGUCGUGCCCAACUCCUUGUGGCCCCAUGGACUAUAGCCCUGCAGGCUCCUCUGUCUUCUGUGACACCUUUACCAAGCAAUUAAAAAGGUCCCAAGUCCAAUGACAUAGGCUAUAAAAAUUGCCAAAUCCCCCAAAACCUGGUAAAUUCUGACAUCCCAGUACUAUCACAUCUCAUGAUUUCUUUUCUCUCUCUUUAAAAAUGUUCUCUGAGGAAAAAUGAAACAAUGCUAUUUGUCAAACUGGGAUAAUUACAAUCUCCAACAACACAAUUAAACAGCUUGGUGUCAGACUUAGGAUCUGGUGACAGUUUGCAUCCUGACAGACGUGUCCUUCCAAUCUGCUGCACAGUCGGUCAUGUUCUGCCUGAUUCAGGACUUCAUUCUCACAUGCAGUAUAAUCAGGCUAAUAAAGAACCAAGUGCGGGGUCCGUUUCCACAGUGCUCUCAGGCAAUCUCAUUUCUCUGGCUAGUGGGCUCUGAUCUGAGAAGAGCCAUCAUGCAGACAUCUGUGUCUGAGAAAGAGACAAGUUAUUCACUUUACAGAAAUCUGCUCUGCUUUACAAAAGGACGCACGUCAGACUUUUCUUUCCAAGGGAGCUCUCCGACGCACACAGAGUCCCACCCUUCUGGCAGACUUAGUAGAUUGUGUCACCUGGGCCUAAACAGGGACCAUGUCCUUUGCCUCACACUGCAGAGAAGGGGAAGCUCUGGUAUCUUAGACAAUCUAUUCAUUCUAAAUCCCGGAGCCUCUACAGGGAACUAAAACACAUUUCAUUCAUGUGAUGAGGAAAAAGAUGGAAAGGUAAGGCCAUUGCAGCUGAUGGUGUCAGCCUACUUGUGGCUUCUGGCUGUAAUCUGCCAUGGAAACAGGGAAGGAGGACAAAGCCAGAAGAACCCCAGAUACUCUGGCUGGAGGAGAUGCUCCUGAGCAUCUGUAGUCUCCCCGUUGGCCUCACUGAGGCCCAAGGGAGCCUGGGGGUGCCAGGCGGCAGCCGCACCUGCAGGGCCUCCUUCCCUGGCAGGAAUUAGCAGAAGCAGGCCCAGGACCAUCUGCAAGGCCAAGCGCCCCUCCUACUCCCUCCCCCAUCUCGUGUUUCCCCUUGCCUACAGGUUUGAGCUCAGGACCCCAGGACAUGCCACUUCCAGUUUCCUUCUGGGUGACACGUGCUGGCCUUAGAUUCCAGGAUCUCACCUGACCUUAAAAUUCAUUCCUUGCUUGCUUUCACAUUACAUAAGAUUUAUAUAUGUUUUCAUCAUUAUGUUUGUAACGGUUAAAGUGGAAACUUCAAAAGAUCAUUCCCUUCCAUUUUCUGGUCUUUUUACUCUUGAUAUAUAACCAUUUUCGUAAACAUCUGAACAGAGAUUGUCAUUCCCCUUUAAAAAAAAAGAAGCUGAUGUUUGUGAAAAUACACACAGCCCAAAGCCAAUUAUCCUAUUACAUUAAAAAAAAAAAAAUCAGCAUGCCUAGAGAUAUUUUACUUGCUGCAUUGUCUUAAUUCCCUAAAGGGACUGCAUCAAAAUGUAAGUUGUAAUUUAGCCUCUGAUAUUAGUGUUAAAUAUUAAAUAUUCUAUUCCUGUAAGAUGUCUCGCAUUACCCGUGUCACCCCCCAAAUUAUUUUGGUGAUUCUAAAAUGGACUAAAGGUCAUCAGUCAAUCACAGCAAAGUUUCCACUGAUGAACCAGAGCUUUGGUGUUACUCUUGUUUUUAAAUUAGCAGCUGUCAAGCAUAUUAGCAUACUAGAACAGAGGUAAGUGUCCAACCCCAUCUUCAAGAAUCUUGCUUCCCAGUUGCCUUGAAUUUUGGGAAUAGUGAUUAUAAAUGUCCAAUUUAAUUAUUUGAUAUUUUAUUUGACUGUUUUGACCACUUCAUUUUAAAGCAGCAUUUUUAACAGCACUUUUUGUUGGUGGUGUGGAAUUUCUGCGGUUACAGUUUUUUUUCUUUGCAAUGAGUAAAGCAAAAAAAAAAAAAAACACUCAUUGGAGAGAUGGCAAGUGUAAAAAGGAGGAGAUUUAUUUUGUACAGACAGCAGAGCAUCCUGUGUAAUGUUGCUGACAUAAAGCAUUUGGGGGGGGGAAAAGUGGAAAUCUGUUUUCCAUAAAUCACAGAGACUCUUGUACAUAGUUAUAUACACUCACGUAGAGAAAUGAACUGCAUAUAUCAUACUGGAUAUGGGGCUGAUUUUACUCUAGGGGCACAUCUGGUGCUUAUUGUCAUAAAUCUUUUAAAGAAUUAGGUACACUUUUUUCUAUUAAUAUGUAUAGUUUUGUGAUUUGUCACAGUUAUGUUUCAUAUAAUCAUAAGUUAUUUUGUCUUGUUUCAUGAAGUCCUUUUUUUAUGUCAAAAGUAAAAUGAAGGGAUUGUGCACUUGGUACAUAAUAAAACUGGAAAUAGAGGAUGCGCCCACCUGCCUGAAAUCCUCCUUCAGCAUGUUGUUUUAAAACACAAUGGCAGCAACCAUUUUUUGUUUGUUUGUUUGUUUUAUUUUGUUUAGUUUUUACCAUCCGCUUCCCUCGUAUUGGGUCGGUAAUUAUAAUUAAAAGCAGAUGGGGAUGGGGGAGGGCGUGUCCAAGGCCAGCUUUAAAAUGCCGCAUCGCUUUGGGCCAGAGCUGCAGCCUGGAUUUAAUUAUAGAUAUGAGGACGAAAUGGCAGUAAAAAUGAAUGUGUCUCUGAAUCCUUUACAUGUUGGGAGUGUCCAUAAAUAAAACAUGAAGUUUUAUUUCAUCAGAUUUAAUUAAAGCUUUUAUACAUGUUU